AUGUGUGAGGCCGGACGCAGCUGGGUGAGUGGAAUGGCGUGGUCGGUGUGGUACAUACUGGUACUGCAAGCCUGGUUCACGGCUCCUGCGCUGUCCAACUGUGAUUUCCCUUCCUACCUGCCACCGGGCGUUGUAUGGACUGCUACAUAUAGGAACAAGGGCUACCUCACACUCUACUUCAAACAGAACAUGAUCGAUGCAAUGUAUUGCCCGGGCCCCGACCAAACAUGCGUCAAAUACGAACGGAGUUGUAUUCAGGAGGUCGAGGCGGGCAAAUAUCUGGUGAAACAUCAACCCAAGGGACGAGACAGCUUCAACAGUCAUGCUGAGUUCAUGUGUAUGCAGUUCAUCAAGCGAUCAGACUAUAUCGUUCAGUUUAAAACAUCUGCAAAACUCAAUUAUCAGAAUCCAGAUUUUUGUUCAGAAGAGAAUUUGAAUUUAGACCACUGGCCCAUAUUGUCCCCAUCCAUGAUGAAGAGCCCUCCGAUUACAUGCCCUAUAGUGGGAGGCUACAACAUGCGUAUUCACGGGCCAGAAGGGGAUAUUUGUCCGGGCAAACUGGUGCUACCUCGCAUGGAAAGUGAAUGUGAGGAUGGCGACGGUAUUCGAUUCGACUUCCGGUACAACGAAUGUCUUCACCCUAAUUUAAAAAUGCGUAUACAACAGAGCGUGAAGUGUGUUACCUCAUGGGAUUACGGCAAGUAUACGUUCGUCAUCCUUCGGCCAGAUACAGACGAGUUUGAGGCAUGGUGUCUACGCAUCACACGGGAAAGCGUAGGUGAAGUGAAACAGAUCCAUCUUUUCAUGGACCCUGUGUGUGAUCCCGGGACAGGCAAUGGUCGUGGUCAAAUCACGAAAACGGACAAUUAUCUGUCCAUAACACUCCAGAAAAUCACCAUCCCCUCUGUGUGUGCUAACGAGUUCGAGGGAUGCAAUGACCGGCGGUUUUGCGACAACGAAGUAGUCGAGUUCUGUCAUCUGUCUUGCAAUCGCUGUGAACCAGAAACAGAGCCGUGUACUUUCCAGGAAAACAUUAGGGGAUCGUGGCUGCUAGACACUCGCGAUGGGCCACAAUACAUGAAUAUUUCAUCGUACAAGCUUUUUGUUCCAAAAUUUGGUAGAUUCCAUUGUUUAGCUAGAAAUGUGUCGGAAAACGAAAGUCGAACAGCUCUAUUACAUGUGUUUGAUAACGGUUGUUUUCCACGGUUCGCAUGUCUUGAAAUGUACCAGCCUGCCACUUCCGUGCGUCAGUUUCGACUCAGCAACCGCGUAAACUGGCCUCACUGGCCAAUAGACGAAGCGGAACGAUUUACCUGUAAAGACAACAAAUUUAAAACACUCAUUGAAAUGGGAGAAUCGACAAGAAAAGUAAAUAUUCCGACUCAGGUGUUAUUAGAAACAAAGGUACACUACAGCACUAACUGUAAACUACCUGACCACCUUGGCUUGAAAGCCAACUCACUUUUCUUCCGAGAAGGCGACAAGUGUAACGGAUGCUUGAUAUACGACCCGGCAACGAGACCAGAUAAGAUUGACAUUGUGAAAAUCAACUGUGAGGAAGCGGCCAACCAUAUUCAGUACCUCUGUCUGGCAACGCUGGACCUCGGCCCCAACACCAGGGGUGUGGUCACAGGGACCAAGCCCGACCGCGAAGGCCGGAUGACCAAGUUUUAUUGUUGGGUAUUCACAUUGGACGGCACCAAGCGUAAGAUUAUAGUUCUCAAGGCAGCUGACUGCAAUAUGCUGUCAGUGGAGAAGGUCCUGGAAGGCCUCUUGACGCCUGAAGGCAAGUUUGACGUAGUUGAUUCGGUACCGGGAGCUUGUCCUCCUCUUGGUAAUGAGGGUCAGUAUAACUCCGUUAAUAUGAUACCAAUCGAGGAAAUACCACUAACAAUUCAUGAGCGAUCCACAAGCCGACCCAAUUCCAUCAAUACCAAACCGCCAAUUACUAAUGUACAGAGUCAACAUACAGACAAUAAGUCAGCCUCUUCCAGGGGUUCUUAUGCUAGCAGUAUCGUAAUGGCCCUCAUAAUCCAAUCUUUACUGACGAGGAAAAAUCUCGCCUAGCCAGCUCCGCAAGUACUUAUCCGAAUCGAAGUAUGUGUCUCUAUGGCGCAACGUUUGUACGGCACCGGCUGGUGGUUAGGAGUACAAAUCACAUCAACAAUGCCUCAGUCUAAAGUGUGUUCUCAGCCAUGUUAAUCAGGUUUAAUGAUAAUGUCAUGUUUGAUCAAACAAGGGCACGUCAUUGAAUGAGCAUGAACGCUUAUAUGAACAGAGGAGAGCAAAUAAGUCGCUGAGUGGAGCAAUCCUGAACUUUCAAUAUAUAGCCUUGUAGACAGAUAUAAAUAGAAUAUAUAUUUUUUCUUGAACAUUUUGAUAACAUUGUUUUGGAAGAUGUGUAGGUGAAUUCUAAUGACAUGGUUUCUUGAAAGGGACGUAACUCCCACUAAUUGCUGCUGAUGUUAGAAAUUGUCCAAUUUUACGAUGAUCCCUUAGAAGCUGUAUGUAUGUUGUCUAUAUUAAGAGACUAUAUUAAAUGCGCUGAGAAUGGCUCAAAGAUUCCACAACAGAUAAGCAGAAAGUAGUCAGGGAACGAAUAAUAUAUUCCAUAUUUAUUAUGAAAUCGCAGAAUUCAAAUUCUUCUGAAUAACGUCAAGUUGUGUAAUACGCAGUGUGAUGUACACUAAGGUGGGUCUAACGUGUGUCGGCCUUAGUAUGCUGAUCUGACCGGACAACACAAUCGUGUGAAAUUAUUAGUCAUCCAGGUCACAGUAGGUUGCCAAAAAAAACAAAAGUAAUCAAAUCACUUUAGAAAUGGGAGAUACGUAUUUUAUUCUCCUUUUUGUUAUAUGCUAAAUUUCUUUUGCUAUUUUUAUUUUUUGAUGUUUGGUGUUUAUUGUUUAAUUUGUAUUAAUAACAGAAGUAAUGUUUUAUUGUGAAAUGCUAUGGAUGAUACUUAUGUGAUUCCGACAUAGUUCUUACAAGCGAAAAACAUUUUAAAUAGACCAAACCUUGAACUUAUAAAUUUAACUUUAAUGCUUGUGAUGGCGGUUUACAGUGGUCGAAAGAUUGGCUCAAUUGGUCAUUAUGAUCUGGUAAAUAUGACCAGUGAAUCACUGGGGUCUGGAAGCUGUUAUGCAGGCAUCAGAGUAAAUAGGUAUAGGUUUGUAAUACUAUGUAAAACAUAGUACAAAUUAGUAGUUUAGCAUGUUUACAUUGUACUAUGCUAUUCUUAUAUGGUUGUGUCAUAGUUGACACGUUGUAAUAUAUAUAGAUGUUAAUAGUCUUAAUGUUGCCAAAACUGUUUUUAAUUUGUAUCAUUUGAUGAGCUGUAAUUUCUUCUUUGUUUGUACCUGGAUUUGGUUUUGUACGUAGCCGACUAGAUGUUAAUACUUCGGAUAAUCUUUCUUACAUGUGACUAUUAUCAGAGGAAAGAGUAAGCAGGUCAAAGAUUGAACUGUUAGUGAGACUGGGGUUGGAACAUAGCCAUGGGACAGCAAAGCUAUAGGCUCGGGAGGUUUUAUACAAUAUUGGUGGUUAUAUAGACCCGCACAAUUAUAAUCCCCCGGGUGUUUCUAUGUUGGUGGAUGUAUACACUAUUGGUGGUUAUAUAGACCCGCACAAUUAUAAUCCCCGGGUGUUUCUAUGUUGGUGGAUGUAUACACUAUUGGUGGUUAUAUAGACCCGCACAAUUAUAAUCCCCGGGUGUUUCUAUGUUGGUGGAUGUAUACACUAUUGGUGGUUAUAUAGACCCGCACAAUUAUAAUCCCCGGGUGUUUCUAUGUUGGUGGAUGUAUACACUAUUGGUGGUUAUAUAGACCCGCACAAUUAUAAUCCCCGGGUGUUUCUAUGUUGGUGGAUGUAUACACUAUUGGUGGUUAUAUAGACCCGCACAAUUAUAAUCCCCGGGUGUUUCUAUGUUGGUGGAUGUAUACACUAUUGGUGGUUAUAUAGACCCGCACAAUUAUAAUCCCCGGGUGUUUCUAUGUUGGUGGAUGUAUACACUAUUGGUGGUUAUAUAGACCCGCACAAUUAUAAUCCCCGGGUGUUUCUAUGUUGGUGGAUGUAUACACUAUUGGUGGUUAUAUAGACCCGCACAAUUAUAAUCCCCGGGUGUUUCUAUGUUGGUGGAUGUAUACACUAUUGGUGGUUAUAUAGACCCGCACAAUUAUAAUCCCCGGGUGUUUCUAUGUUGGUGGAUGUAUACACUAUUGGUGGUUAUAUAGACCCGCACAAUUAUAAUCCCCGGGUGUUUCUAUGUUGGUGGAUGUAUACACUAUUGGUGGUUAUAUAGACCCGCACAAUUAUAAUCCCCGGGUGUUUCUAUGUUGGUGGAUGUAUACACUAUUGGUGGUUAUAUAGACCCGCACAAUUAUAAUCCCCGGGUGUUUCUAUGUUGGUGGAUGUAUACACUAUUGGUGGUUAUAUAGACCCGCACAAUUAUAAUCCCCGGGUGUUUCUAUGUUGGUGGAUGUAUACACUAUUGGUGGUUAUAUAGACCCGCACAAUUAUAAUCCCCGGGUGUUUCUAUGUUGGUGGAUGUAUACACUAUUGGUGGUUAUAUAGACCCGCACAAUUAUAAUCCCCGGGUGUUUCUAUGUUGGUGGAUGUAUACACUAUUGGUGGUUAUAUAGACCCGCACAAUUAUAAUCCCCGGGUGUUUCUAUGUUGGUGGAUGUAUACACUAUUGGUGGUUAUAUAGACCCGCACAAUUAUAAUCCCCGGGUGUUUCUAUGUUGGUGGAUGUAUACACUAUUGGUGGUUAUAUAGACCCGCACAAUUAUAAUCCCCGGGUGUUUCUAUGUUGGUGGAUGUAUACACUAUUGGUGGUUAUAUAGACCCGCACAAUUAUAAUCCCCGGGUGUUUCUAUGUUGGUGGAUGUAUACACUAUUGGUGGUUAUAUAGACCCGCACAAUUAUAAUCCCCGGGUGUUUCUAUGUUGGUGGAUGUAUACACUAUUGGUGGUUAUAUAGACCCGCACAAUUAUAAUCCCCGGGUGUUUCUAUGUUGGUGGAUGUAUACACUAUUGGUGGUUAUAUAGACCCGCACAAUUAUAAUCCCCGGGUGUUUCUAUGUUGGUGAAUGUAUACACUAUCGGUGGUUAUAAAGACCCGCACAAUUAUAAUUCCCGGGUGUUUCUAUGUUGGUGGAUGUAUACACUAUAGGUGGCUAUAUAGACCCGCACAAUUAUAAUCGCCCGGGGGUUUCUAUGUUGGUGGAUGUAUACACUAUAGGUGGCUAUAUAGACCCGCACAAUUUUAAUCCCCGGGUGUUUCUAUGUUGGUGGAUGGAUACACUAUAGGUGGCUAUAUAGACCCGAACAAUUUUAAUCCCCGGUUGUUUCUAUGUUGGUGGAUGUAUACACUAUAGGUGGCUAUAUAGACCCGCACAAUUUUAAUCCCCGGUUGUUUCUAUGUUGGUGGAUGUAUACACUAUCGGUGGUUAUAAAGACCUGCACAAUUAUAAUCCCCGGGUGUUUCUAUUUUGUUGGAUGUGUACACUAUUGGUGGUUACAUAGACCCGCACAAUUAUAAUCCCCCGUAUUAUAAUUACUGCUUUCUUUCUUUCUUUUUUUUUGUUAAAUAAUAAAUAACAAAAUCUGUUUUUUGGUUUUUCACUUUUUUAUUAGCGUUAACUUUUAUCACCCAACACUACACAUUUUGGCCUUAGUUUCUGCAUUCAAAAAUUGGACAUGAAGGAGAGCCUAUAAAAAUUCCUACAGAAAGACAGUCCCUAUGCCUGUAAAUGAAAGUCACUGAAAUGCACUAUUAAACUAAAAAGUAGGUUAAACUACAGAAUGUGAUAUACCAUUCCUCUGUUGGAUAAAUCUACCAAUAUGAGCGUCAAUUUCAUCCAGAAAUAGGCAGAACAUGUCCUUGGAAGGAUACGUUACAAAGCACUGAAUUAGUUUGUAGAGGUAAAUUGUUUAGCCCAAUUCAAACUGGAGACCUUCCCCGUUCUUGACUUCAGUGUCCUUCCCUACAAGUGCAGGCUUGACCAUUACCACCCCUGAAAUGAACAUUUAAUUAGGAAUGUGUUAUUGAAGUAAUUGAAUGAGUGUUCAAAAAAAUAGUUUGAUGCUGAACCAUUUGAUUGGCUUGAGCGUAAUUGGAGUAAAAUAUAUAAUGGCAUAACUUACCUAAGCACUCUGCAUAUUUGGAUAUUUUUAAUGGACGAAUAUAUGGAUAUCACUGCCAAGAUGGUUUUCAGAGAAUAGUCAUUUUUCCUCUUGAUACAGCAGGAUGUUGUAAAUGCACAAAAUAUUUGUGAUACCCAAUCCGAAAAUAUCUGUUUCACAGAAACAAUAUAUAUUUUUAUUUAAAUUAAAGCGAAACUGACGGCAUACUAUUCAAUUACUUCAAUAACACAUUCCUAAGGUGAUCAGAAAGAAUGGACUGCCCUGCCAAUCACAUCCAAGGGUCGCAGUUCCAUAAUAUAAUGUUGUUUGCAAAACAACAGUAGAUCGAUGUUUAAUCACCCAGAGAAGGCAGAUAGAUGGUUAAAUAAGGGAGUUUACUCCUGCAGUGGCCCGUUGUCGUCUCACCCACUCAGACUAUAGAGGCCGCAUAUAUCAUAUCUUUGUUAAACUUUUUAUCGUCUAUGGCGAAAAAGUACAAGGCGAAAUGACUCCUUUGUUUAUACUAUCACAAGCAUUAAUGGAUGCGUUUCAGUCCUUAUAUUAACUUUCAACAUAACAAGGAUUUUCUUGUAGGAUUUCUUUCGGUCCAGAUUAUUUAUUUACAUUUUUCUUUGUGCAAUUCGUAGAUAAACUGAACAACCCAAAAUUCCUGCAUUGUUAAUGUGUUAUAAUCCAGUAGCAGUAAGAUUCCUGUAUUGUUAAUGUGUUAUAAUCCAAUAGCAGUAAGAUUCCUGUAUUGUUAAUGUGUUAUAAUCCAAUAGCAGUAAGAUUCCUGUAU